AUGGCAGGUCCGGGAACAGGCUCCUCAACAGGUUCGGGGUUGAAGGGGGGAGGGGGAGGGGGAGUUGGGCGACCUGCGCGGACCGUGUCUGCCAUUCCGCGGAUGGAGGGGCUCGGGGGAAGCGGCCCUGGGGGAUACGCCCUUAGGGGGAACAUCUCUGGCGCGGGGCCAUUGCUCUCCCCCACCAAUGCGGGGUUUCCCCAGUUGGCGCAGGUUGGGGAAGAGGGGGAACGAGGGGAGGGGGAGGCGGCGGAUUUGCCCAUGCUGCCAGCCCCGGGAUUGCCUCAAGUCGUGCAGUGCCAGCACUGCGGGCAGCUUCUCGAGAUCCCGGCUGUCCUCCCGCCCACCAAGAAGGGCAUACACAAGCUGCGCUGCGGCAAGUGCAUCUCUCUCUCGCGAUUUCGUGCCUUCACCCCACACCUGCCCCACUUGCAGCAGCAGCUGCAGCCGUUUCAGCAGCAGCCACAGCAGCAGGUGCAGCAGCAGCAGCAGCAGCAGCAGCAGCAGCAGCAGCAGCAGCAGCAGCAGCAGCAGCAGCAGCAGCAGCAGCAGCAGCAGCAGCAGCAGCAGCAGCAGCAGCAGCAGCAGCAGCAGCAGCAGCAGCAGCAGCAGCAGCAGCAGCAGCAGGUUUCUCAGCAGCAUGUCCGCUCCUCGUCUUUCUCUGCUAUCGACGCCACAAAGCAACAGCAACAGUACCUCUGCGUUCGCUCCACUUCCACUGACUGCAAUGAAGCCAGGACCGCCAUUGUACCAAGCCCUGGGGCUGCCACUAACGGGUCUGCUUUUAAAGGGUCUGGCGGUGCCCCGGGAACCACGCCUGCUGCCGCUGCAGCAGGGUCGGGCAGAGGAAGGAGCGGCAGGGGCACCAAUUCUAGUCCCUCCAAACCUCUCAAAUUAGUAAGUGAUUCCUCUGGUAAUGAAUCUCCUGCUAGGACCCCUCCUGCAAAGGCUGCAAGCAGAGGGGGUGAAGCCAGAGCGACUAAUGCAAGUGGCAUGGUUAGAGUGGGCUCUGGGACGAGUAUUGCGGGUGGUGGUGGUGGGAUGGCUAGUACGGGGAAUAAGAUGGGUUCUGGGGGGGGUGGUGCUGGGGUAGGGAGAGGGGAUGGGAGGUUGACGUACUCGCGGUGCGUUGUGGUGAAUGGGGAGCCAAUCAGUGAUGACCACGUGGCAGCUGCGGAGGAACGUGCGGGGCCCAUUCAGCCUGGGAACUACUGGUACGACCAAGUAGCAGGUUUCUGGGGCCAAAUGGGAGGGCCCUGCCUUGGGAUGAUCCCGCCUGGGAUUGAGCUCGGUCCUGCCCUUCCAAAAACCUGCUCUGGAGGCGACACCAAGGUGUAUGUGAAUGCGAGGGAGCUGCACCGCAAGGACCUGGACAGACUCGUGAAGAGGGGGCUGCCGCUGACAGACAACAUGGCGUAUCGAGUGGAGGCGAACGGGAAUGUGUUUGACGGUCUCAGCGGGGAGUUCCUGGUCAACCUUGGGAAGCUCGCACCCUCGUGA